AUGGAGAAGCUUUCAAGGCAGAUGGUAGAUACAUCCAUGGGGACUGAACAACAUCAACAACCACAGCCACCAGUCUCCGUGAAGAAACAGGUGAAAACAAAACCAUGCUUGGCCGAUGUUGAAGUGGAGGUAAAUUACCCAUUUUUUAUAAGUAAAAUUCUUGCCUCAACCACCUGCCGCUCCCAUUUUUUCGAAACCCUUGAUUCCUCAAUUAGUUAUGGCCGCCAUGAAUCAACAUUCGACCAUCCUUUCAGGGGUCAAGUAUCUUCGAUUCGAUUGAGCUCCCUGACGACUAGGACCAACGCUCUUCCGUACCAUCUAUCUGUCCACUCUAUCGUGUAUUUUUCCAAGGCCACGUCGUUUGGAGCCUUAAGCAUUGUGUUAUCAUCGCUACCUUAUUCCGACCAUUUGUCUGAUGAAUCAAGCAUAUUUCUUUGGAGGAGGUGUGAAACAAAGGCAAGAGUCAGAAUAAAUGUCAAGUUAACUCUUAAUCAAGGAUCUCGGGCUUUUGUCGCUAGUCGAUAUGCUAUGCGCAAGGAUGAUGAAGAACCAAAUAGGAUGGAUUUCUUCAAGGCAACUCAUUAUUCAAAUGACAGAGGAUGGACAACAUCUGAGGCACAAGCAAAAUAUAAAAUGGAGUUGCAAUCAACUCCAGUUGAAGAAGAGGCAAAGCCCAAGAAUAUUGAUGAUAUAGUGGAUGACGUACUUGGUACGAGACCAGGAUACAUUCUGGGGCUUGGAUAUGGCCAAAGCCUAAGAAAACAAAUUCAAGUGUAGAUACAAUCAAGUUAAAAAAGCGUUUGAAGAAUAAAGAAGACGAGCUUAAUGACUGUAAGUCGAAUAUUGAAUUGAUUUAAACUCAAAUGGAAGCUAUGAUAUAUGCUUUGUUAGCUGCUGGAAUUCAAGUGACAUGGCUUCAAUUUUCAGGCAAACAAAUAUAGUAAAUCAAAUAAAAAUUAUUAUAUAAUAUUAAUUGUAGUAACGAAUGUUGAUUAUUU